GCCCCGGCCCCGCAGUGGCCGCCUGCGCCGAGGCGGAGCGCAUCGAGGAGCUGGAGCCCGAGGCCGAGGGGCGGCCGCCCGCGGCGCCGGAGGACCACUGGAAAGUCCUGUUUGAUCAGUUUGACCCUGGGAACACAGGGUACAUCAGCACAGGCAAGUUCCGGAGCCUCCUGGAGAGCCACGGCUCCAACCUGGACCCGCACAAAAGGGAGGUGCUCCUGGCCCUGGCCGACAGCCGCGAGGACGGGCAGAUCUGCUACCAGGACUUCGUCAACCUGAUGGGCAACAAGCGCUCCAACAGCUUCCGCCAGGCCAUCCUGCAGGGCAACCGCAGGCUGAGCAGCAAGGCCCUGCUGGAGGAGAAGGGCCUGAGCCUGUCGCAGCGCCUGAUCCGCCACGUGGCCUAUGAGACCCUGCCCCGUGAGAUUGACCGCAAGUGGUACUACGACAGCUACACCUGCUGCCCGCCGCCCUGGUUCAUGAUCACUGUCACCCUGCUGGAGGUUGCCUUUUUCCUCUACAAUGGAGUGUCACUGGGUCAGUUUGUGCUGCAGGUGACCCAUCCACGCUACCUGAAGAACUCUCUGGUUUACCACCCCCAGCUCCGAGCACAGGCUUGGCGCUACCUGACGUACAUCUUCAUGCAUGCCGGGAUAGAACACCUGGGACUCAACGUGGUGCUGCAGCUGCUGGUGGGGGUGCCCCUGGAGAUGGUGCACGGAGCCACCCGCAUCGGGCUUGUCUACGUGGCUGGUGUUGUGGCAGGGUCCUUGGCUGUGUCAGUGGCAGACAUGACCGCACCCGUCGUGGGCUCUUCUGGAGGAGUUUAUGCUCUCGUCUCUGCCCAUCUGGCCAAUAUCGUCAUGAACUGGUCGGGCAUGAAGUGUCAGUUCAAGCUGCUGCGGAUGGCUGUGGCCUUGAUCUGUAUGAGCAUGGAGUUCGGGCGGGCUGUGUGGCUGCGCUUCCACCCGUCGGCUUACCCGCCGUGUCCUCACCCCAGCUUCGUGGCACACUUGGGAGGCGUGGCUGUGGGCAUCACCCUGGGCGUGGUGGUCCUGAGGAACUACGAGCAGAGGCUGCAGGACCAGUCGCUGUGGUGGAUCUUUGUGGCCAUGUACACCAUCUUCGUGCUGUUCGCCGUCUUCUGGAACAUCUUUGCCUACACCCUGCUGGACUUGAAGCUGCCUCCGCCCCCCUAGGGGGCUGAAGGACGAGGCGAGGAGGGGAGGGAAAAGCGGUGUCCAGAGGGGACACCUGCAUCUUCUUCUCGUUGCCGGCUCGAUGAGGCCAGGGAGGAGAGGCUGGAGACUCCGGGCCGCUGUGACACUGGGGUCUAGAUUUGGACAGAUGGUGGAGGCUUUUUCUGAAAGGCACUGGUGGAGAAGCUGGAUAUGGCUGCUGUGACUUUUCCAGGCUGUUCUGAUGAGGUCGGGCCCGUCUGAAGGCUGGGGAGUGAGAGUGGCCAUCCCCGUGGCUGGGCUCGUUCCCCCAGGUGCCCAGGCUCCCUGCUCCCUGCCACAGACUGAGCGGCAGCUUCUCACUCACCCUCCACCUGGAGCCCCUCAGAGACAUAGGGAAGGCGUGUGGGACACCGUGGCCAGGCAGGCCUUCCCCAGCCCAGGGACGGGGCAGGCCCCGCGGCGUUCCCGCCACAGCUCGGGCCUGGGGCUCUGGGGUGGGGGAGUCCAGGGUGAGCUCCUGGCCCUGCCAGUGAGCGCUGGGUCACAGCCGCUCAGGCCUGCGCUGGGGAGAACAGGAGAUGCCGUAGGCUCCAGGCCCCAGGCCCCUCUCUUGCCCUAAGUGACCAGUGACAGGAACCUAAGCUGGGGGAAUAAACUUCACCCACCUUCCACCCUGCGAAAGGCACAGGACCACCCACCCUUAGACUUUUGCCUCCCUCUCACCCAGAACGCUGACGUCUCACACCAGCACGCCAGCCUCCGAGCCCUGCCUUGACUUCCAGCUCUUUUCUGUCCCUUCCACUGCCCUGGACCUAUUUUGUGCCUCUCUUUUGGGAAUGGAGACGGAGUGUGUGUGUGUGUGUGUGUGUGUGUGUGUGUGUGUGACAGUGUGAAGUGUGUGGAGCCGUGGGUAUGUGGGGCGUCUGUGUAAGAGAGAAGGCGCGAGGAAGGGGAGAGGCGCUGGGCUGUGGCCUGGUUGCUGAGUGUCCUUGGUUUUACCAGCAUUCACCCGCCUUGUUCCUGUCGCCUUUCCCUUCUGGACACCUUCCCAAGCGUCACUGGUGAGCAGGAAGAACGGUCCACACUGGAGGGAGACCUCAGGCCCCUCCCGGGGACCCUGGAAUGUCGAACCGAAACUCACAGUCACAUUCUAUUUUUUUCUUCUGAGAUGCCUUCCUUUCCAAAUAUGUCCUCCUUUACCUGGUUAGAAGAAACCUUGGCGGUGAGGGAGAAGAAACCUUCUGGGAUCUGCUGGGGUGCGAGAGAAGCUGGGGCAGGAAUAUCGAGGCCAUGUAUCCACUUGAGUUGAUGCGGUGGCCAGAAGCUAUAGCAAAAGGAAUCCCAGCUUAGGUAGCAAACUUUGCUCCCGAGGAGAAUCUUUAGGGGCUCAGAGGAGUGUCACCAUGGGGACAGCCUGUAGAUAGACUCUGACGCUUAGAGCUGGGAGGGAACUUGGAGGUUUUCAGGCCCCCUCCUCCAUCUCUCAGCGGGAGAAUGAGAUUGAGAGAAUGAACUCCUUCUACCUACAUCCCAGCAGCCCCAGGUGCCAGGACAGGAGUCUGCCUCCCAGCGGGGCACCAGCUGCCUCUGCCCCUGCAGGGAUGGCAAAACCCAGAAUUAUACCAGCAGGAGGUGCCUGACCUUUGACAAAAUGCCAAUCCCUUUGUACUGCUUUUGGAACUCUCAACCCCUGACAGCCUCAGGCCGAGGCGGCAGAGCGGCUGGGGUCAUGCAGGAGCAAGGGCAGGAGUGUGGGUACUGCCCCCGAUCUUGUGCCCAGCAGAGCCCUUGUGCGUGGAGAGGUUGAGAGUCAGCCACGCCAAGCAUUUGGGGGUCUUGGGCCACUGUGGCUUCCUGUCCCAGUGAUUAUGCGGAAAUGGGCAAAGUCUCUCUCCCGGGAAUACACCCAGUCACUGCCAAGGCCUUCCUCAGACUUGCCCAGCACUAACUAGACGGUGUUUGUUCCCCACAUGUGGCUCCUAAGAUCCUGUUGCGCUUGUGCCCGUGCUGUGAUGAGGUGUGUCAGCUGAGGCAGCGUGGCCCAGGUCUCUGGCUGAGUUGCCUCGGCCUGGAGCCUCUUGUCUGUGCCCUGCCUGCGGGUCUCUGCCCUGCUGAGCGAUGUGUAGGCGUCAGAGGAGGCUUCUUCAGAGAGGACUCAGAGCCAGGAAGGGAGGCUGAGGAGAGCAGGCCCGGGAGGACUGAGAGGGAACAGGACUCCAUGGCCUCUGAACCGUGGCUUCCCCCACCAGAACAGAGGCGGCUGGAAAGGGGCGAGAAGGCAAAGGAAGGUUCUAGAAAGCCCUCAGAGAAGCACCAGUUCCUUCAUGUCUCCAGACGCAAGCUUGUUACUAGAAGGGCCACCUGAGGCAGGAUUCUACAAGUCUGUCCUCUGAGGUCUGUGACACUUGGAGGGAGUCUUAUCCACCCCUCAGGCCGCCAGCCCCAAGCUGCUGGCAGCAUACCCUCCUCCACCACCUUCUCUCAGCCGUGGCUCCCAAGCAGGGACACAGAGCAGGGACGAGGAUCAUUUCACAGGACGCAGAAAGGUUUAGUUUUUGGCCUCUGGCCUUUUCAGCAGGUCCCCUUGCUCCUGGCUCACCCCACCCUCCCAGCAGCACUUGCCCACGUGGCCUCAGCCUCCUGCCUUCCCUCCCUCCUCCCUCUCCAAUGUGCCUGCCAGACAGGACGCUGCGAAGCAGAGGACGGUGUCACUCUUCCGUCAGCCUUUCAAGACACAGAAAUUCAAGACAGAGAAAUUGAAAGCCCGGGGAUUUCCCACACACCAGCCAUAGACUCGUUUGCUUGUUAAACGGGAGAGGAAUUGCAGACACUGAGGAAAAGAAAACAGGCCUUCAAAGGAGAAAUUUUGUUUUAAUGACACCAUUCAUCAUUCAUUUUUUAAUUAGGGAAAGCUCCCUAAUGAGGCUCUUUCGGCAGCUAAUGGGACUCUCAAUUUCCCUGAGAGCCAUUCUUGCCCAGAGCAUUAAGGGAACCAAUGCCAACCAAACCGAGCUCUCCCUCCAGCGUCCAAUUCAGUUUGCAGGUAAUGCAGAUUGCCGGGCGCAGCGGAAGCCCUUUCCGGCAUCCUUCCUGUUGCGCCCAGGGCUGGCCGCAAAGCACCGACUCUCCUCUGCCUUAAACAUGGCGCCCAACCAUGAACUGCCUCUGGAGGUCUUGAAUAAGUGGGUGAGUGGGCGGGCGGGGAAGAACGGAAAGAAGAAAACACAAGCCACCACGUUGGUUUCUAAAUAUUUUUGUAUUGUGUACAUUCUGUAUAUUUUUGUUGUAACAUAUUAUUUGAGCACAGAUUCCAUUAAAGAUUUUUUUUAAGCCA